GUACACCGGUACACGCGCACGGAUUAACCGAGAGAGAGAGAGGGAGAGAGAGAGAGAGAGAGAGAGAGAGAGAGAGAACUAACUACUCUUAACUAUCUCAUCAACUUCAUCUUACACUAUGCUGACAGCGUAAACUUUCUUUUUAAAUAGUGUUAAUUCACUUUUUUUUUAAAAAAAACCUACCAAAUCACGGACUUUCUUUUGCAGGGAUUUUGUUUUUUUCCCCAAAUGCGUUUUUAAUUUACUCCCCCAACCCGCAAAAAAAAAACCCAAAAACAAUUCUCCCCGCAAAGACAGAGAGUUAAAAGAAAAGCCCCGCGCGCUCCGGGAGGAUGCUCGCGCUGACGCGGAGCUCGUGCUGCUGCUGCUGCUGGCUGCUCGCACUGCUGCUGAGCCACGCGGGAGUCAAAGCGGCCAACCACAACAAGAACAACAACUCCAUCAAAACGCCGCCGCUCGGUGAAGCGCCCACAGCCGCCGCCGCCUCCGCCGCCGCCGCCGCGUCCACGCACCCGGAAAGCGCCGCUCACGUGCCGGCGAAGAAGUCCAACGUCCCCGUGCAGGUGUACAGCACUGAGAAGCAUUGCAGCAGCGAUAAGGACUGUGCGGUCAGUAGUUACUGCCACAACUCGCAGCACGCUCCGUCACGAUGCGUCACCUGCCGCCGCAGGAAGAAGCGAUGCCACAGAGAUGCCAUGUGCUGCCCUGGGAACCGCUGCAGCAACUUUAUCUGCGUCCCGUUCCCUGAGAACCUCAUGACCCAUCACAUCUCACCUGCAAAGGAGCACAAAAAGCUAAGCAAAGACAAAGGCUGGAAGAAGAGCAAGGUCUCCCUGAAAGGUCAUGAGGGCGACCCUUGUCUCCGUUCCUCAGACUGUUCAGAGGGUUACUGCUGUGCCCGCCACUUCUGGACCAAGAUCUGCAAACCGGUACUGCGCCAAGGAGAAGUGUGCACUAAACAACGCAAGAAAGGCUCGCACAGCUUGGAGAUCUUUCAGCGCUGCGACUGUGCCAAAGGUCUGGUGUGCAAAGUGUGGAAGGAUGCCACGUCCUACUCCAGGUCCAGACUGCACAUGUGCCAGCGGACCUGAGAGGAGUGAAGGAGUGUCAGCGAAUGAGGGAACUGCCCCGGAAGGCCCUUUGUUCCCUCUAGGGAGCGAGGAGGAGAGGACUCCCUCUUCCCAGGACUCAGAAAUAUGUGAAGGGGAAUCAUGGAUAAGCGAGAGGAGAUUACAGUGAGACCGAGAUUAAUCUGGGCCAGUGUGUGUGUGUGUGUGCGCGUGUGUGUGUGUGUGUGGGUUUGUAAUGGAUGAUUGACGUUCACUAUCGCUGAUUUCAUGAUUAGAUACAGCUUUGGGUCGUUUUUACCAAGCGUCUUUUCAUGGUUCUUUCUUUUUUUUUAUUUUUUUAUUUUUGCUGCACAUGUUUUGAAGAGAUUUAUUUGAAAGCCAUAGCCUUAACAACAGGUAAUGAGGUAAGGAAAUAAUUUCACUGUCAGUAGGAAUUUAGACUUGACAGCGAUCUAAAGCAGGACUGAGGUAUCCAGUGAUGAAACGCACACAGAUUUCAUACACAUUUUGCCAGGCUUCAGGAUAAUCUAUCAGAAAUAACCACUAUGUUCCAUGGAUUCCACAAAAAACAUAAUCUCUUACUGUUCUGUACACUUAAGUAUAUAACCACAUGUUCAUGUCUGUUAGGUCUACCGCAUCUCAUUUCAAGCUUAUUACUUUUUUAUAAGCACUCAUUUUUUUUAUACUAUAAGCGCACUGUCACUUAGUCUCAGCAUUGUUGAAUUUGCAGAAUGGUACCAUGCCCCACUGCUGCUUUACUGAUUUAGGGCUGUAUUCAUUGUUGGUGACUUAAGGCCACAAACUUAAUAUCCACUAAUAUUUAGAUGCAGAGAUAUGCUAUAAAAUAGCACUUGAUCCAGCACAUCCUAUUAUUUAUUUAUAUCAUGCCUAACGACAUCACUUAACCUGAAAGUCAUCAUAAUGUGUGUACGGGAUAGUGGAUAUUUUAUCAUGCAAUUUUGAUUUGUUUAAUAAAAUUAAUCAAAUAAUGUCAAUGUUUUUGUUCAUUCAAGGCUUCUCAACUGUAAUGAAAAAUAUUGAGGGAUAAGCUGGCCUAGCAUUCAUCUGCUACCUAAUAACUUCAUAUUUUAAAAAAAAAGUAUAAAAUAAAUUAAU